CAGUAAUCUUGUCCCACAUUUACCUCCAAAGCUGUAUAUAUUAGACUUAGUCGUUACCCCUUUUCCCUCCACAAAUCCAAGCUUUAACUAUACUUGUUUCUAAUAUUGAGCAAACAUGGCAGAUAAAAAGGAAGGAGGCAUCGUGAAGAUAGGUCAAGUGGAAGGAAUGAAAAUGGCAGUUUCCAUUUUGAAGGAGUUCGAGCUUCCUGAAGGGCUUCUCCCUUUGGCUAACGUUGUUGAAGUGGGUUACGUGAAGGACACUGGGUACAUGUGGAUUGUGCAAGAGAAGAAGGUGGAGCAUGAGUUCAAGAUGAUCAGCAAGUUGGUGAGUUAUGACACUGACAUCAAUGGCAUUGUCGAGAAGAAAAGGAUCAAGAAACUCAAGGGAGUCAAGGCCAAGGAGUUGAUGUUGUGGGCGCCUGUGAGUGAGAUCACCAUUGAUGAUAAACAACCAGAAAAGAUCCAUUUCAAGAGUCUUGCUGGUAUCACCAAAACUUUCCCCGUCGAGGCUUUUGCUGCUGGCCAGUGAUCCAUUCAUUUAAGUGGUGUGUCAAAUUAAGGUUUAUUUGCAAGUCUUUCUUCAGUAUUAAUGGAACAUGGGAAUGUGAUGAAUAACAUCUUGCUUUACGAAAAGAAAAAUGUAUCCUAAAUCUUGUUUGGUUAAUAUUAAAAUAAAAUGUUAUUCUGAUCAAUAAAA